GCGCCGGAAGAUGGGGACACCUGUCCAGCAUGCCUUCACGUUCUCAGAGUAUAAAUUUCUUGCCGUUGUCGGAGAAUUGACUGUGGUAGUAUUACUCCUGAAAAACGUGAGGGAAACGUCUCAGCACAGUUCACUGUCGUGGUACGACUCAGUAACAAGCAGCCAACCGAGAAAGGAAUAAUUCCAAAAUGCUAGUGUUGCCAUUGUUUCUCAUGCAGGUUUACAUGGCUAGCUUACAAGGGGUGCAGGCAGCCAUUACAUGUACCAGAGCUAUCGACUUAGUCUUUGUGUUGGACGUCACCACGCCGCUGACACCAAUCGAAUUCCUCAGGGAAAAACAGUUCAUCAAGAACAUCAUCAACAACUUCGCAGUGGACAGUAACUAUGGGGUCAAGGUGGGUCUGGUGCUGUCUGGAGGUUCUUACGACUCCAAAGCCGUCUUCUACCUGGACACCUUUGAGGAUCGUGAGAAUAUGAUGCUCGCCAUUGACUUUGCUGUGCAUCAGGAUAAAGGUCGUAUCACAUGGUCACAUGUCGCACUUCGCCAGGCCAGGAAAGAUUUGUUUACGGUUGACCGUGGGUCUCGUCUUGGAGAGAACCCCCUGGUGGUGAUUUUCAUCACGGGAAAUACGCCAGCCUGGCCUCUAGGGGCCACGCUAGAGGGCAGUUUUCUGGAGCAGUCUGGAAUCACCACUUAUGCCAUAGGGAUUGGUAAAAAGUGUUUCCCCCGCACCCUCCCCCAUCCCUUGGCCAAUUCAUAG